AUGGUGCGCACUGUAGAGAAGGAUCAUGAUCUAAAAGGACUGUCAAACGAGGCUUGUUUUGCACUAAUUAGAAGGCAUGCUUUCAAAGAUGGAAAUUCAUCUGAAGCAAAUCAAAAGAUGAAAGUGUUUGGACAAGAAAUUGUGGAAAAAUGUAAAGGUUUACCUUUGGCUGUAAAGACACUUGCAAGUCUCCUGCGAGAUAAAAGUGAAAACAGUGAGUGGGAAGAUAUUUUGGAUAAUGAAAUAUGGGAUUUAAAAGAGAAUAACAUUCUUCCUUCGCUCAUGUUGAGCUACCAUCAUCUUUCACCGAUUCUGAAAAGAUGCUUUGCCUAUUGUGCUUUGUUUCCCAAAGAUUACGUAUUUAACAAGAUCGAAUUAGUCAUUUUGUGGAUGGCGGAAGGUAUUGUUCAGCCAAUACCAAAAGGAAAGAAACGGGUGGAAGAUAUAGGGGCUGCGUAUUUUGAUGAACUAUUUAUGAAGUCUUUCCUUGAGUUAUCUUAUCGUCCUCCUAACAAUAUGACAUCCCCUUUCCAACAAACUACAUUAUAUGAAAUUGACAAGAAGUUCUAUGACUUAUCAAAAGAAUUUCACAUCAAGUCAUUUUUUGAGUCAUCCAGUAACACGGGAUCAGGAUUUGUGAUGCAUGAUUUAAUCCAUGACUUGGCAGAAUUUGUUUGCAGUGGAAUAUAUUGUAGGAGUGAAGAGUAUGAUAAGACAUCCGAAGUUGUUACAACAACAACCUGUCACUUGUCCUACCUUAUGGACAAUUGUAAUGUUGAAGCGAUAGAAUCUGAAGCCAUGAAUAAAAGCUUAUGCACCCUUCUAGAUCUAAAAGUACAUUAUAUUGGUUCUCCUCACCAAUUUUUACCCACCAUGCAAUUCCAAUUCCAAUUCCUACGGGUGCUAUGUUGUAGAGGCUAUAGAAAAUUUGAGUUGCCCGAUUCAAUUGGCAAGUUGAAACAUCUAAGGCUUCUUGAUCUCUUGUGUUCUGCGAUUGUGAGAUUACCUAACUCAAUUACAAGUCUUUACAAUCUACAAACAUUGAUCCUAAUUGAUUGUAAACGUCUUAAAGAGUUUCCUGAAGACAUGGGUUAUGAGAACGAGACAAAAGCCAUAAUGGACAAUUUAAAGAACAACACACACCUUCUUGGGCUACGAUUGCGGUGGAGUGCUUAUGAAGAUGAGGAUAGUUUUCCUGAUUUUGGAAGAGAUGAAAAAGUAGAGGAAGAUGUAGUUGAGCAAUUACAACCUCCUACAAAUCUUAAAGCACUGUGGAUUAAAAACUAUGGUGGUAUGAGAUUCCCGAGCUGGAUAGAGCAUCAUUCCUUCUCUAAUUUAGAGAUUGUGAGUCUCAUUAAUUGUCGCAAAUGCAGGUCCCUGCCUUAUCUUAGGCAAUUGCCCUUGCUCAAACACCUAGUGAUCUAUGGUUGCAAUGCUAUAAUAAUUGUGGGAAGUAAAUUAUGUGGGGAUGGUUCAUCAUCAUCAGCUAAUAAGCAAUUUCGAUCAUUAGAAACAUUACAUAUUGAACACAUAAAAGAGUGGGAAGAGUGGAUUGAAGUGGUUGAAGAAGAAGAAAGCAGAGGACAAUUCCCUUGCCUCCGUAAGUUGAGUAUAAGUAGUUGUCCCAAGCUAAGGAUGUUUACUCAUUGCCUCCCUAUCUUAGUGGAACUGAAAAUAAGUGAUUGUAACGACCUAAGUGAACUACCACGGCUUCUUCCUUCAUUACAACGACUCAUUAUCUAUAAAUGUCCAAAAUUGGUGGUAGUUCCAAGUCUUCCAUCAUCCAUUGAGCUGUUGUAUUUGUUCAAAUGUGACCUCAUAACAACAUUAUCUUCAUCGUCAUCAGCCCCAUGUGUAUAUAACUCAUUCCCUCGUCUCCAAGAACUUGAAAUCAUAAGUUGCCCUGCUCUUGUGACCUUCCCACAAACAAUGUUCUCAACUGCAUUUCAAAAAUUGGAGAUAAGAGAUUGCAAGAAUCUAGAGGCAUUGCCCAUUCCGGGAUUACUACACAACCUCACAUCCGUCCAAUCAUUAGCACUUUGUAACUUAAACUUCCUACUGGAUGGACUUCAAGAACUCACUUCCCUUCAAAAUCUUGAAAUCACAAGUUGCCCUGCUAUUGUGUCCUUCCCGGAAAUAGGAUUAUCCAAUAGGCUUCAACUAUUGAAGAUCAAAGAUUGCAAGAAUCUAGAGCCCCUGCCUAUGGGACUACUGCAAAACCACACAUCCCUCCAAUCAUUAGCACUCUGUGGAUUGCCCAACCUAAACUUCCUACCUGAUGGACUGCACAAACUCACGUCCCUCAAUAUAUUAGAAAUCAAAGAGUGCCCUGCUCUUGAGUUCUUUCCAGAUAUGGAGUCACCCACCUCGCUUUUGUUUCUAUCGAUUCAAAAAUGUGGGAAACUGAGGUUUUCGCCCAAGUUGCUGCACAAACUCACACAACUUCAACACCUGACGAUAGUGGAAUGCUCUUCUCUCAUGGACUGCACGAAUCAAGAACCCCUCCUUUACUGUUUUCGUAAUCUCACCACUCUUCGAUCUCUCACUAUUGGUGGAUGUCCUGAUCUCGUCUCCAUUCCAAAGAGCAUGUUUCCCACCAAUCUUAGGGAUUUGGAGAUCAGGGACUGCCCAAUUCUUGAAUCCGUACACAACGGAUUCCCUGACGUUACCUCUCUUCGAUCUUUGUCUAUCGAGAAGUGUCCAAUGCUAGCACAGCAGUGCCGAGAUAAGAAAGGAGAAGAGUGGUCCAAGCUUUCCCAAUCCCAAAUCCUCCGUAUAUUAAUAAUAGGAGAAAAUUUUUUUAAGCAAGAAAGACACGGAGAUGACUCGUAAUUACAAUGGGAACAGAGAGUUUGUCCAAUUCUCGUCACCGCUCGUCUCCUGAGCGUGUCCAAGAGUUUGUGAAAGGAGCUUGUUACUGGUUGCCGUGAACACUCUCCACCGUAACGCCUAAGGUUCAGGUUACUGGAGCCACUGUCCAAAUGCUGUACAAGUCAAGCAGGCUUUUGGACUCAGGAGAAUUAAACCUCGAAGAUAAAGCUUAAUCCAGAUCAAAAUAAAAGUUCAUUCUUCGGAAAAUAUGAAACUAUAAUUUCACCAGUCUUCGAUCUCUCAAAAUUGGUGGAUAUCUUGCUCCCGUGUCCAUUCCAAAGACCAUGCUUCCUACCAGCCUUAGAUCCAGAAUUGUCUGAUGCUAGAAAAACGGUGCCAAGAGAAGGAAGGGGAAGAGUGAUCCAAGGUUUCCCAAAUCCCUAAAAAAACAAUAGGUAGCCAAAUUCAAUAAAGCUUAACCACUUUAAGUUAGAGGAUGACGAGAUGUGAAGAGAAUGAUUUGAUGACACUACAGACAUACAGGGUAGAUCAUUAUUAUUAUGGGAAUUUUUCUAGAUGGAAUGCUUCUCUUCGAAAAUGCUCAUCAACCACGCAGAGUCAUGGCAGCGUCAAGUGGAUGUCAGAGCAGUUAACCUAAGAAUCGACUUCAACCUUAGCAACUUUUACUGGGUGCAGAAUGAAGUACUGAAAUUUAGUUAGCUGCAUAGUGGAUGCCUAAAGUAUUGGUAGCUUCCUUAGCACACUAACAGUUGGGACAAUGAUAUGUGUCUGAACUUCAAUUCAGUGGAGUAGGAUGGCAGCUACAUCAAAAUCAGCAUCAGCCGCUGUGGGAAGUUGUUGUCCUGCAACCACCAAUCUGGGAGAGAGACAAUUACUGCAAUUACGAUCCAUCACAUAACUCUGUUUUCAGUUACCACUCCUCUGCUGACUUGGGACAAGGCGGAGAUGAAGGUAGAGCAUGUCAAGUCAUAAACCAUACCAAGAACAUUGGCCACAUCCAAAGCUCUUACAAUAUGAGGGUUAAUUACAGUUGACGCUGUUUGAUUAUGAGGUUGCAAGGAAACUGGUGAAUUUGGGGAGGACAAGGAGCCAGAGGAAGAAAGGGAGUGCCAUGAAGGCCUGAGAGGUCUGGUUGGUUCAAAUGAAAUAGAAAAAAUUCAGUUUUCAAUAGGGACCCAAUGGCUGAGGGAUCGAAAGUUUUUUAGCAACCUAGACGAUGCCAGCUUUCCCAGUCAUGGUGAAUCGAAGUGCAACUGUCCAUUGAGCUUGGAGCUACAGGUAUGUUUUUUGGUGUGAUAUCAUUGCUUCCCUUGAUAACACCGGCGGUUAUUUUCUUGUUAAUGGACAACCUACAUUGGAUGCUGUGAGAGGAUAUGCUCUUUCUCUGGUUGGCCCGAUCAAUCUUGAAAGCUCAAAACCGAAUAUGAUUUAGUUGUGCUAUACUGGAAAAACAAAAUUGGUUUCAAUCCUGAAUUUCGAGGUCUUUUCAAGCUUGCUACUUCAAUUGCAUCUCCGUUUACUGCAGAAGAUUUUCUAGUGGCAAUAAUUAUAGGUGCAGCUCUUAGUGUGACACAGGUUUUCCUUAUUACUGUACUAAAUCGGCAGUUUGUUAUAAGUUAUGAGUGGUUCUCCAUUGGAGAUUCUCUGAUAAUAACUCUACUUGGUCGGGGGAAAAAAAAAUUGGUCCUUCAACUGUGGGAAUUUUGUGUAUCAAAAGGAUUUAAUUUUCUGUUGUGAUUUGGGGUUAUGUUUUUGACUUUUCCACCCUCAUUUGAUAUGGAAGGAGGAAUUUGCAAAAAUUAGCUGUCACCAUGGAUUUCUAGGGUAACUUCUUUUGGAAUUUUGUAUACAAUAUUUGGAAGGUUCAUUGAUUUGCCAGA